GAUGACUAAUUUCACGUAGCUGUAAGAAAGAUUUAUUCGAUGAAAUAUGAUACUCGUAUGAGGGUUUUGGUUGUGUAAUUGCUAUAUUCAGCUAGUCCUGGGAAUAUGAACAGUACUGCGAACGUUGGUUUCAACGUUGAAAAAAUAUUAAUUCCUAAAUUGGACUCCACUGAUUUGAGACUAUUGCUGUUAUAUUAGAUUAUACGAUUCAAAACAACGGUCAUAAUGUAUCAAAACGGAUGUUCACUUACAAUUCUUUUUAUACUUAUGUUAUGCUAUAAAGAUAUUACAUGCAUAACUUACAAAAAUGUGUCUCAAUCGUCAUACCCCGAUGGCAUUCCUGUUUCCGAACAGGAGUACGCAGCCCGGGCAAUUGACGGGGAUCAGUUUGUGUUUACCCAGACAAAACAUGAAAACCAGAGCUACUGGACAAUCACUUUCCAGAGACCCACCAUCAUCUCAUGUUUUUCAAUGUUUAUAUAUGGAGGAUUAUAUAAUGUUAGCGUCAAUUUAAGCCACCCUUACUUGAGAGAAGAACUAUGUGAGCAACUGCAGGCAGUAUCUCCAACCACAAGGUACAGAAUCGGCGUCUGUUGCAAACACCAGAUGAUAGCUGACUCGUUCACAGUUUUACAAACAGACCCCGGAGCAUUGAAAAUCAACGAAAUUUACCUUGACGGAUGUUGCCGGGGUUUUUAUGGUCUUUCUUGCAUGGAGUGUAAUAAAUCGUGUUCCACAUGUGACGCAGCCAAUGGAGAAUGUUUAUACUGCACCAAAUCUCUGUAUGGAGAAAAAUGUGAUAAACGCUGCCCCUACAACUGCUCAGAUGGCCAGUGUGACAGAAACACGGGGAACUGCAGAGGAUGUGACUCUGGAUUUGAUGGACCAAACUGCCAACCAUGCGAAAACGGAAAGUUUGGAAGCAACUGCUCUGAACUUUGUAGCAAUCAUUGUCUAGAGCAUUGUGAUGCUCGCACAGGGGCGUGCCAUGAGUCCAGAUAUGAGGCAUUCAGACAGAAAUUACUAAAUGAAAAAACAGCCAUUAUCUUCGGUGCCCUUAUUUUGUUCCUAUUGUUAGCGGCAAUUGUCAUUUUGGUCAAAAGAACCCAUUGUUUACAAGAAGUAUUAACCUGUAGCAAAUGUGAAGGACAAGAUGUAUAUCAAAUCAUAGAGUUACAGGAAUCGGUUGGGGAUUCUACGAAUGAGUACGAUGAUCUCUAUGAAAAUACUGUACCUUAUGUGAACAUUAUCAAAGAGGGCGUUCCUGUCGCCGAUUUUGUCGAAAUGGUCAAGAAAAAGACAUUAAGCGUUCUGAAGAGUGAAUUCAAGGACAUUUCAUGUGCAGUCACAGAUACGUUUCAGAAUGCCCUCCAAGACGAGAACCGACGGAAAAAUCGAUAUAAAAGGAUCUAUCCAUAUGAUUACAACAGAGUGAAGUUAGACAUGGUACAUAUGCCAGAGUAUACUGAUUACGUCAACGCUUCCUACAUCCACGGUUUCAUCAGAGAAAACAAAUACAUAGCAGCGCAAGGUCCAUUUAAUCACGAAACGACUUUAUUAUUCUGGGAGAUGGUUUGGCAGUCAGAUUGUAGUAAAAUCGUUAUGUUAACGAACACGAGGAAGCAACACAGAACGCUUUGUGUAGAAUACUGGCCCGAAAACGAAGACAGAAUUGGAAGGAUAAAAAUAAAACUGGAGAAAUACCGCAGAUUACCACUGAUAAUUAUUAGAACGUUUGUUCUGCAAAAGGGGAAUGAAUUGCGAAAAAUAAAACACUACCAAUUUACUGGAUGGUUACAAAAAAGUGGACCAAGCAACGCCAAUGCAUUUUUGCAAUUGUACAAUUUGACACAAGGUAGAGAAGAGGAUACCAGGCUUAUUAUAGUGCAUUGCAGUGCUGGUAUUGGUAGAACCGGUACAUACAUUGCGUUUGAUUGUCUGAUGGACGAGGCUAAUGAAACAGGACAACUUAGUGUUGUAAACUGCAUCUUAAAAUUACGACAACAAAGACCCUUAAUGGUGCAGACGUCGGAUGAGUACCAUUUUCUACACAAAGCGUUAGCAGAAAAUCUCACCCAUGUGUAUGCAGAAGUUGUGGCAUAAUUUGUUAAUGUUUAUAUCUGAAGAAUUUUUAGCAUAAAAUCAUUUAUGAAAAUAGAAAAAAAUCUUUUGUUUUUAUUUUUCAAACCCAUGGAUAAAAUCUAUUAAAUUAUUAAUGAUACUAAAUUAUUAAACCCUCGGCAGAUAUUUUUUCUUGGAAACACCAAUGCAAACAAAUUUGGUUUCGUUUUCAAACUUAGAUGACUUGAGUUGAAACUUGUUAUUCAGCUUUGUGAUGGGAAACUACAGAUCAUGUUUGAAUAUUUUUUGAAAUUGCUAAAUAGGUUCCUCAUAAACAACAUCUCUCUCUGAAUGUUGUCUAGACCUAUUUAGCACAUAACACUGUAAUUGGGGUGCCUAUA